GCGCAGCUACAAACAUUGAGAACUAGAUGCUUCAGAAUCUGUAAAGCAUUAAGAAAUAGCUACAUGUACAUUGUGCAUGUAGGUGUGCUCCUUUAUUUGUCCAGUAUCAAGAUUUCCAGGGUUUCAGCUGGGGCCCCUUGAGCAACAUGGCCCAUAAAUUGAAUCCACCUUUGUUGCUAUACCUUAAGGGGCCCUUCUACAUGUAUAGCCCUGUUGUACUCUGGCUAAUAAAUCCAGGCAAAAGUGAGCCCCCAAUAUCACCUCACCUCACCUAGUCCCAUCCUCAUCAGGAGGGUCAGGGACUAUGGUUGUCUCCAGCACAAGCCCCCAAUAUAAUGCUAACUUAAAUAUUUCCCCAAACUGUUCUUAAGAUUUCAUCAACCCAUCCCCCAGGGCUUUUCAGAUUUCUUAAACCGGAUGGUUUGCUUUUACCCUCUCUAUUGUGGCUGUUUAUGCCGAGGCGUCAACCGUCACAUGUACGAAAGCAGGGCAUAUCUGCAGUUUCAGGAGAAGGGCUGCUGUAGACGACCAUGGAUGUAUUCACGGUGACCGGAGCCAUCGCAGCUCUAAGUGCAGUGUUUGUUGUUGUAUACUUUAUGGUCUCUCAACGUACUUCCAAAACCUCAUCUUGGCCCAAGACAAAGCAGUCUCUGGCUUACACGCGGCCUGUCAUACCAGAUACAGGAAGACGCUACAUGUUAGACUCUUCCCUCAACAACUUCAUUCCAGUGGGAGGAGCUACAACGGUCCACGACGUGGCACGAUUCUUUGCUCAACACGGGAAUAAGUUUUCAAUUUUCAGUAUAGACUGGGAACAAGAGGUGGUGGUGUUCACUCGACCCGUAGACGGCACAGAUCUGAAAAAGCAUCCGUUCUUCUGUGAGGCCCAGAAGCAAAGUGCGGCCGAGGUCCUCUGUGUUCCCUUGGAGCAGCUCCAAGACGUAGCGAACACCGUCGCUGACAAGGCUGCUCAUGUGCAAGAGGUCUUCAUCUUCAUGACAGGUCGCUGUGGGACGACCCUGGUCACCCGACUUGCCGAGGCGACUUCUGUCGCACAGGCUGUCAACGAGCCAUACGUGUUUACUGACAUAAGCAUGGGGAUCCAUCGACUCAAGCGGUCCUCGCAACGUGGCCAUACUCAAAACUGUCCUACCAUGCUGUCAAAUGAGGAAACUACUGUAACCUUUCUGAGGAAUGUCGUCACUUUGCUGAACCACAGCCUUGUAACGUCAGACCCAGGCCGCCGUGACGUCAUCUUUUAUAAGCUACAGCCUAGCGCCAUCAUGAUGGCAGACCUGAUCGCACGCACCUUCCCAACCGCCAAGACCGUCUUCAUGUACAGAAAUGGCCUGGAAUUUUCGGAGUCGAUGACACGAAUCUUUUUCCAGAAGUACAUGGUCUAUGUGGCAAUUUGGUCAAUGGAGUGCCUUCGUCUGUGGAAUUUGUCCGGGGAGUUGCCUGACUACAUACGAUGUUUCGGAGACGACCCAAAGUUCUCCACGUUGCGCCAUCGCGGUUCACUUAUGUUCUACAUUGACACGUGGUGGGCGAGUGUGAUGCAGCAUGCUGCAAAUCUGCAGAGCAAGCAGCCUGCGUACUUCUUCCACGCCAUCAUCUACUACUCGGCCCUCCUCAACGACAAAGAGAAGACGUUUGGCCUACUGAUGAGGAAGCUGGGCUUGAAGUGGAACCCAGAGAACAAGGGAGAAGACACGAACAAGAUGAAGAAAGCAUUUGUAGAGGACAGUCAGGCAGGAACCACCCUGUCUGGGAAACGGCGUAGCCCCGGUGAGAAGUGGGCUGCAGACGUGUCCCCCCGCUGGACAGGGCGCUGGGAACUAGACUACCUCAGGGAAGUAUGUCGCCACACCGGGAACGAGAUCACUGGUCCUGACUUUCUGCUGCCUGAAACAAUCCUGUGACACGUCCUAACAAGAAAUCUAACAUCUCAUACCUCAGUACAUUGUUUGAAGUAACAAGAAACCCAAGAUCUCAUACCUUAGUACAUUGUUUGUAGUAACAAGAAACCCAAGAUCUCAUACCUUACUACAUUGUUUGUAGUAACAAGAAACCCAAGAUCUCAUACCUUUGUACAUUGUUUGAAGUAACAAGAAACCCAAGAUCUCAUACUUUAGU